UCAAAUUGUAGAAAUCACAAAUUAUUUAUUUUUUACUUUUUUAGGUUAAUAUAUAAGUGAUAAUAACAAUUAAUAAAAUCUAAAUGGCUUUAAUAUCCUGGUUAAAAGUAUUAAAAGUGAAAUCUUUGCUACAAUUCGAUUGUCAUUUAUCAAAUUUAUUAAAUAAUACUUAUAAGCAGCAAAAGUUAAAAAGAAACCAAAAUAUUUUAUGUUAUAGUGUUCACGUUUCUAACGAAAAAGAAAAGAAAGACAAUGUAUCAAAAGAACAAGUGAAUACAGUUAGUGAAUCUAAAAUAACACUUUUAUUACCAAACAAUUCUAUGACGGUUACAUAUUUAAAGGAUGCCAAAAAACUUGCGAAGGAUAAAAAUUUAGAAUUGACAAAAGUAGAAGAUGAACAAAAAAAUUCAUCUAGAGAUACAUACAAACUCAUACAACCAGGUGAAAGAUACUUAAAAACAAAAAAUAAUGAUAAAGAAAAUGAUAAAAUUAAAACAAUGAAGCAAAUACAGAUAUCUAGUAGAAUUACUGUACAUGAUCUGAAUAUAAAAUUAAAAAACAUCAAUAAAUUGUUAAGUAAAAAUUAUAAGAUCAAACUUAUCGUUAACCAUAAUUCAGAGACACAUGAUAAAGUAUUGAAAUAUGCAGAACUUAAUAUAAAACAGUAUGGAACAAUACAAAAAACUGUAAAAUCAUUGUGUACAACACUUACAAUUAUACCUAUUUUAAAUGAGGAUAGCAAUGAGAAUCCAAAUGAUGUAAAUGUAAAUAUAGAAAAAAAAUGAUUAAUGAACUUUAAAUUUAUAUAAUAAAUAGAAUUAUUUAUCGAUAUAGUAAUUGUAAAUAUAAUAUAAGUAUGAAUCUAUUUAUAGUACAAGAAUAAAGUAUGUAAA